AUGGAUUUUUUUGGUACCAAAGAUGAAUUGUUGGAUGAAUUGGAGGAGAAAUUUGGCUCAAUGGAAACAGAUGAUCAACUUUGUGAUGAAUUUUGGAGAAGUGUUGCUACCAUCGUGGACAUCCAGAAAGGAAAUGGUAGCCCUUCUUCAUGGGACAGCCCAUUGGAAUUGAAAAAGUUCUCUUGUUUUGAAAAUGUUAUUGAAACAUUUAAUGGAUAUAUCAUACACAAAACUAAUUUCACUGUAAACGACACAGAUAAUCGAAUAAUUCAAAAUAUGGUUGAGGACUUUUACGACCUGCUUUCCCAUUGUUUUCGAACAGAAGCUACAAGACAGAAAAAAAAAAAACAAUCAGAAUUAAUCAGCGAGAGUUUCGGCAAUCUCAAAGGAGCUAAUGCUCUAAGACGAGAAAAUAUAAAGAGAAUCUUAAAUGCUCUUCGCACGAAGGCAUUGUUAUUAAUCAAUCCGCCAAUGUUGCUACAAGAGGCACACUUUUGUUCAGGAAAAGAGAAGAUAACUGAAAGUAGUAGUAGUCAGAUAAGAUGUUCGAAAGGUUCGAAAGGUUCAAAAAAAAAAGUUUCAAAAGGUUCCGUGUUUCAUAAUUCAACUUACAGAAAAAAUAACAUCUACAAAUCCCUUCGUUACUGCUUUAUUGAAGGGCGUAAUGACUUGAACCCGAUGAUAGAAACAUGGAUACGUGAGCUUGUCGGUGCGAUUGCACAAGCCAGCUCUGAAUACCUAUUGAUUCCCAGGAAGUCAUCCCAGUUAGAUAAUCACUCAAGUGAAGCAGAAUUUACUUUAAGCUUAUUAGAGACUACAUUAAAGCCAACUUUCUUUUUAAUUUCCAAAAUGAUGGAAAUCAAGGGGCUUGGAGAAAUUGGAUUAGUACUUCAAACAAGAAUAGACUUUUCUGUUCGUGAAAUAGAUAAAGUAAAGCAUUUUACAAAUAUUGUUGAUAUCACUGUUAGAAGCCAACAUGGAAAAGAAUUUCCUAUUGAAUUGAAACUUCCGUCAUUAGCACAACAUCUUCAAAGAAUUAAAGAAGGUUAUUUUUGCACAGGGGAAAAGACCAGUAAGGAAUUCUUCACAAAAAUGAAACAUUUAGCCAACUUAUCAUCACAAGUCGUAUACCAGGCAAUAUCGGGACACUCUAUAGGCGGAGUGUUAACAGACACUCAAAGCUUCCUUCUAUUUUGUUUUGAUCUUUCAGAGCUUCAGAAAAACCAAGAGCUCCAGGGGAAAUUGCGAAAAUAUGAGCAAUCCAAGGACAAGCAGGAAACUGAGCGUUUAGCUUGUGAAAUCGAGAUUUUCAUUGAUAAUCAUUUGGAGAGAGUUAUUAGGAAUCACCCCUUCAAAACUCCAGACACAAUUAAUAUUACCCAAAUUGACAUGAAAACAUUAUGUCUAACAAAUGACGCAAUGUCAGAAAAUGAUUUUUCUAUCACCUUGAAAUUGUUGGUAUUCAUUUAUAAGGUGAUAGUGAUGAACAUUGAGCAUCAAACAUUGAUACGGUUCUUUUAUGACAGACUUCUUCAGAAGCUUCUAUUGAGCACUAGAGAGAAAUUGCAAAUAAUCAAGAAUGGCCAGAAAGUAAUAGUCCUAUUUUAUAAAUUUAUUUUCAAAGAAGAUCAACGAGCAGGAAAAUUAUUCCAGACGGUAUGUCCAGACCUAGAAUUCUUGGAAAAGCAAAAAAAAGAUUGCAGCAAGGCAUGUAAGGUGUUUCAUUCCAAAAACUCUUGGAGAUAUGAGAAAUGCUUAAAAUUAAAGGAUUUGGAAGUCGAAGAAAUUUUGUCAGGAGAAAAAAUUGGACAGCGUCUCAGCACAGUGUUGAAAGUACUAAACAAAGACAAGUCACAUAGCGUUAUCAAGUUGUUAGAUGUACAUCGGAUUUAUGACGGAUCGGAGGAGUCUGAGGAGUGUGAGGAUGGGUUCGCAAUCGGGUACAAAGUUGAAUUGACAAUAGAUCUCUUUUUUAAUGAACUUCUCUGCUAUUUGCUAUUGUCGGAGAAGAAUGUCACACCAAAGCUUGAAUCUUUUGGCGUCCUCGAAAAUGAAAAAUAUGAAUCAUUAAAAUCAACCGAUUUGAAAAGUUUUGCUCCACUUUCCACUGAUCAGACGUACCUCUGUGGAUUAUACAUAAAAUUGAAUUUAAUCAAGGGAAAUCCACCGUGCAGUUAUAAUCACUAUGAUGUUUUGUUAACUUUCUUUGUGGCCAUGAGAAAACUUGUUUGCAUGCACCAGAACAAAGUUUUCCACGGAGACAUCAAGAGAGGCAAUGUCAAAAUGAUUAGCUAUUGGGAGUACGAAAAGAAAAUAUUUGAUUUUUUCUUCUUGGACUUUGGUAUUUCAAUUGCCAAAAUAAAUAUGAAUAGUGAAGAUGGUAGCAAUGAUCUGUCUGAUAACCUAUUCUUCAACAAACUUGUUCUGAAUCCUGAACAAAAUAUUUCCAGUAUCGUGAGAAAUGAUAUAAACCUGACAGUACAGGUAUUUGAUCUAUUGACUGGAAAAGCGAAAUACUCAAAAAAAUUAAUUGCUGGUACUCUAAAAUCCCACGUUAAGAAUCUAGAUGAAUGCAUUGAGGCAGUCAGCUUGGAGAUAUCAAAAGUUGGGCAACUAGGGCCAAAGAGGCAAAAGAGGCAAAAGAAGGACUGUUUCAGUGAAGAGUCCGAGCUAGCUCAAAAAGAAGAAAAAAGGAAAACUUUUACUGAAUUGAAAACACUUUUUUCUUCGAUUUUAACAAUACUUCAUCCAAUUACUGCUGUAUCAAGUUUCAAUGAUUUGGCUGACACGGUAAUUCGCGCUCGUCUAGAUUUCCCUAGUACUGAUAUUCGAUCUCAUUAUUGUGAAUCUAUCAAGAAGAUUUUAAAUUUCUCUUGA